CUACCAGAGUGUGUGUGUAUCGGGACGUCUCUCUGUGUGUGCGCGUUUGUGUGUGUGUGUGUGUGUGUGUGCGUGUGUGUGCGCGCGCGGGCGUGGAUGUGUGUUGGCGUGUGACUCCAGCGCGCUCUCUGCGUACGGCAGGUGGAGAUGACAUGACUGCGCUCGAGAGAAAGAGAGGGAAGGACCUACGCGGUCAACAAGUGUUUCUGCGUCCCGAGGAAAAUUCUGCUCCAGCUCUACCCGCCAGACUGACCACUGCCUUUUCCCAACAACUCCAGGAUGCUCUACUGCGGCUGGCGGCGGUCGUCAACGUAUGCUCACUACGAGAUGCCCUCCGAGACAGCAUACAGGAGUUGCUGCCCGGCACGGAGUGUGUAUGCAUCUACGUUCUGGAGGGGAACUCGAAGCUGCUGUGUGAUGAUCCACCACACGAACUGCCAAAGGAGGGAAAGAUCAGGAGUCUUGUGGAGCAGCUGAAGCGUUGCCAGUGCGCAGGACUGCCCCCUUCCGAGCUGCCGGAGAAAUACAGAGUAUGCCUCGCCACACCUCUGCCUGCCCACAGAAGAGUUGUAGUCAUUCCUAUCCUGGACCAGGGGCAGAACAAGGCCGUCUCCGUCUUGCUUGUGGGCUGUAAACCACUGACUGAUCAGGAUGAACUGAAUCUCAACACACUGGAAAAACAUGCUUCAAUAGCAUGUGCACGAGUUCUGACUGUACUGACAUCCUACCAGAGGCCUCCACUCAGCCCUACCCCGAUACAAUCCCACAAUGCACUGCUACAACUCAAUGUCUCAGACCAGGACUACUGCGAGUUGGACCAAAACAUUCUACAACUAUGCGGUGAGCUCUAUGACCUUGACGCGGCUUCUCUCCAGCUCAAAGUCAUCAAUUAUCUGCAGCAGCAAACCCAGUCACAGUGUUGCUGUCUCCUACUGGUAUCUGAAGAUAACCACCAGCUCUUCUGUCAGGUAGUUGGAGAUAAAGUCCUCGAGGAGGAGAUCAGUUUUCCGCUGAUGUUUGGCCGCUUUGGCCAAGUUGUCGAGAAGAAGAAGUCUAUCACCCUUCAGGACAUCAGUGUGGAGGAGCGUAGACAGUUGUCCAGUAUGUUGGGCUGUGAGAUCUCCUCCAUGCUCUGCGUCCCUGUAGCCAGCAGAGCCACUGACCAGGUGGUGGCGCUAGCGUGUGCUUUCAACAAGCAGGGUGGUCAGAGACACACAGAGGUGGAUGAGCAUGCUAUCCAGCAUUGUUUCUGCUAUACUUCUACAGUCCUCACUUCCACUCUGGCCUUCCAAAAGGAACAGAAACUCAAAGUGGAGUGCCAGGCUCUCCUCCAAGUGGCCAAGAAUCUCUUCACACACUUGGAUGAUGUGUCAGUGCUGUUGCAGGAGAUUAUAGUGGAGGCCAGGAACCUCAGUGAUGCAGAGAUCUGUUCUGUGUUCCUGCUGGAUCGAGUCAGCCAUGAACUGGUGGCCAAGGUUUUUGAUGGGGGCCUAGUCAGCGACGAAGAGAAGGAGUUCCGUAUCCCAGCAGAUCAGGGUAUUGCUGGCCAUGUCGCGACAACAGGUCAGAUCCUCAACAUUAAGGAUGCCUACUCCCAUCCACUCUUCUACCGCGGGGUGGACGAUAGCACCGGCUUCAAGACACGCAACAUCCUCUGCUUCCCCAUCAAAGACGAGAAUGAUGAAGUGAUUGGAGUGGCUGAGCUGGUCAAUAAAACCAAUGGGCCAUGGUUCAACCGCUUCGACGAGGACCUGGCCACAGCCUUCUCCAUCUACUGUGGCAUCAGCAUCGCUCAUUCUCUGCUCUACAAGAAAGUCCACGAAGCCCAGUUUAGAUCCCAUCUGGCCAACGAAAUGAUGAUGUACCAUAUGAAGGUAUCGGAGGAGGAGGUGACAAAGUUGUUGGUGACAGGGAUCGAACCGGUGAAGGAGAUCCAUCCCUGCUUCGCCGAGUUCACAUACACGCCCCGUUCCUUACCUGAUGACACCACACCCAUGGGUAUCCUCAGCAUGUUUGAAGACAUGGGGUUCAUCAACACAUACAAAAUUGACCUGCACACUCUUGCCAGGUUUUGUCUUAUGGUUAAAAAAGGCUAUAGGGACCCUCCCUACCACAACUGGAUGCACGCCUUCUCUGUCUCACACUUCUGCUACCUGCUCUAUAAAAAUUUAGGGCUUUCGAACUACCUCGAGGAUAUAGAGAUUUUUGCCCUCUUCGUCUCCUGUAUGUGCCAUGACCUGGACCACCGUGGCACCAACAACUCUUUUCAGGUCGCCUCGAAAUCUGUGCUGGCUGCUCUCUACAGCUCAGAGGGAUCUGUAAUGGAGAGACACCACUUUGCCCAGGCGAUAGCCAUCCUCAACACCCACGGCUGCAACAUCUUUGAGAAAUUCUCCAGGAAGGACUACCAGAGAAUGUUGGAUUUGAUGAGAGACAUCAUCCUGGCUACAGAUCUGGCUCACCACCUUCGCAUAUUCAAAGACCUCCAAAGGAUUGCUGAUAUUGGUUAUAAUCCAAAGAAUCGGACCCACCGCUCCCUGCUGCUGUGCCUGCUCAUGACGUCGUGUGAUUUGUCAGACCAGACCAAGGGCUGGAAGACCACACGCAAGAUCGCUGAGUUGAUUUAUAAGGAGUUCUUCUCUCAGGGUGAUCUGGAGAAAGCCAUGGGAAACAGGCCCAGUGAGAUGAUGGACAGAGAGAAGGCCUACAUCCCAGAGCUACAGAUUAGCUUCAUGGAGCACAUCGCGAUGCCCAUUUACAAGCUGCUGUCCGAGCUGUUCCCUGGGGCCACUGAGCUGUACGAGAGAGUGGCAGCUAAUCGAGAGCAGUGGACCAAAGUGUCGCACAAGUUCACCAUCCGGGGACUGCCUAGCAACAACAGCCUGGACUUCCUGGACCAAGAGUAUGAGCUCCUGCAGUCCCAGGGUGCUUUCGGGAGUGACGACCACUGCCUCAACGGUUGCCUUGACGACGGGGAUGGAGGGCGGGCUCAGUGAUGACGACGGUCCGCUGAGCGUUCUUCGAGUUUUCGACGUCCAAUGGGAGGCUGAGAAUACCUUUUUAGUGACCUCAGAGGGGAGGGGGGUCUCUCUGGCUGCUGUCAGUCAGUCAGAGGGACUGUUUAGUAGGUGUUUAGCAGUCCAUGCGGAGUGGACA